AUGCUCGCCCGCGUCCUGCUGCUUUGCACGGCCGUGGCACUCAGCCAAGCAGUAAAUCCUUGCUGUUCCAACCCAUGUCAAAAUCAAGGUGUAUGUAUGAGCACAGGAUUUGACCAGUAUAAAUGUGAUUGUACCCGGACAGGAUUCUAUGGUGAAAACUGUUCAACACCUGAAUUUCUGACAAGAAUAAAAUUAUUACUGAAACCCACUCCAAACACAGUACACUACAUACUUACCCACUUCAAGAGUGUUUGGAACAUUGUCAAUAACCUUCCCUUUCUGAGAAAUGCCAUUAUGAAAUAUGUGUUAACAUCAAGAUCACAUUUGAUUGACAGUCCACCAACUUAUAAUGUUCACUAUGGCUACAAAAGCUGGGAAGCCUUUUCCAACCUCUCCUAUUAUACCAGAGCCCUUCCUCCUGUGCCUCAUGACUGCCCCACUCCGAUGGGUGUGAAAGGGAAAAAAGAGCUUCCUGAUUCAAAAGAGAUUGUGGAAAAAUUUCUUCUGAGAAGAAAGUUCAUCCCUGAUCCCCAGGGCACAAAUAUGAUGUUUGCAUUCUUUGCCCAGCACUUCACCCAUCAGUUUUUCAAGACAGAUCAUAAGCGAGGACCAGGUUUCACCAAAGGAUUGGGCCAUGGGGUAGAUUUAAAUCAUAUUUAUGGUGAAACUCUGGAUAGACAGCAUAAACUGCGCCUUUUCGAGGAUGGAAAAAUGAAAUAUCAGAUAAUUGAUGGAGAGAUGUAUCCUCCCACAGUCAAAGAUACUCAGGCAGAGAUGAUCUACCCCCCUCAUGUCCCUGAGCACCAUCGCUUUGCCGUGGGCCAAGAGGUCUUUGGUCUGGUGCCUGGUCUGAUGAUGUAUGCCACAAUUUGGCUUCGGGAACAUAAUAGAGUAUGCGAUGUGCUUAAACAGGAGCAUCCAGAAUGGGAUGAUGAACGGUUAUUCCAGACAACCAGGCUAAUAUUGAUAGGAGAGACUAUUAAGAUUGUGAUUGAAGAUUAUGUGCAGCACUUGAGUGGCUAUUACUUCCAACUGAAGUUUGACCCUGAACUGCUUUUCAACCAAGAAUUCCAGUACCAAAAUCGCAUUGCUGCUGAGUUUAACACACUCUACCACUGGCAUCCUCUUCUGCCUGAUGCCUUUCUAAUUGAUAAUCAGGAGUACAACUAUCAACAGUUUAUCUACAACAACUCUAUAUUACUGGAACAUGGACUUACUAACUUUGUGGAAUCAUUCACCAGGCAAACUGCUGGCAGGGUUGCUGGUGGCAGGAAUGUUGCACCUGCAGUACAAAAAGUGGCACAGGCAUCUAUUGACCAGAGCAGAGAGAUGAAAUACCAGCCUCUUAAUGAGUACCGCAAACGCUUUAGGAUGAGGCCCUAUUUGUCAUUUGAAGACCUUACUGGAGAGAAGGAAAUGGCUGCAGAGUUAGAGGCACUGUAUGGUGACAUUGAUGCUAUGGAGCUGUAUCCUGCCCUUCUGGUAGAAAAGCCUCGUCCAGAUGCCAUCUUUGGUGAGACCAUGGUAGAAUUAGGAGCACCAUUCUCCUUGAAAGGACUCAUGGGUAAUCCUAUAUGUUCUCCUAACUACUGGAAGCCUAGCACUUUCGGUGGGGAAGUAGGUUUUAAAAUCAUCAACACAGCCUCAAUCCAGUCUCUCAUCUGCAACAAUGUGAAGGGCUGUCCAUAUACUGCAUUCAGUGUACCAGAUCCACAGCUCACCAAAACAGUCGUCAUUAAUGCAAGUUCUUCUCCCUCCAGACUAGACGAUAUCAACCCUGGAGUACUGCUAAAAGAACGUUCAACUGAACUGUAGAAGUCUACUGAUCAUAUUUAUUUAUUUAUAUGAACUAUUUCCUCUAAGUUAAUUAUUUAAUAAUUUAUAUUAAACUCCUCAUGUUACAUCUUCUGUAACAGAAGUUGGUACUCCUGUUACGGAGAAAAGGAUUAAACUUGUGAAAAUUUUCAUGUGUUACUACUUUAGAGAUGUAUUUUCUCGUG